AUGGACAAAGACGAAUACAAUAAUGACGAUGCUCAGCUGGCCCGGAUGGGCCAUAAGUCUGAGUUGAAGCGAAACUUCUCAUUGAUAUCGAUGCUGGGUCUUGCUUUUGCCAUUUUAAAUUCAUGGACCGCUUUGUCGGCAAGUUUGGGGCUCAGUUUGCCCUCAGGAGGUAGUACUAGUAUUGUCUGGGGUCUCAUCACGGCAGGAAUCUGUAAUUUGUGCAUGGCAACCUCCCUAGCUGAGUUCCUUUCUGCAUACCCCACCGCGGGAGGGCAAUAUCAUUGGGUCGCUGUGACUUCAUGGGGAAAAUGGAUGCCAAUUCUUUCCUGGAUUACGGGAUGGGUGAACUGCUCUGGCUGGGUUGCGCUGGUCGCAACUGCUGGUCUGCUGGGCAGUCAGCUCAUUCAGGGUGUGAUAUCUCUCAUGAACCCGAGCUAUAGCCCCCAGCGCUGGCACCAAUUCCUGAUCUAUAUCGGCUACAACAUCGUCGCUUUCCUCAUCAACGCGUUUAUGAACAACCUUCUGCCUUAUGUCACCAAGGGCGCUUUCAUCUGGUCUUUGACAGGAUUUGCCGUCAUUUGCAUCACCGCACUUGCAUGUGCUUCACCGAAUUAUAACUCCGCAGAAUUUGUCUUCACGGACUUCAUUAAUACAACAGGAUGGCCUGAUGGAGUUGCAUGGUUGCUUGGGCUUCUGCAAGGUGGCCUUGGUGUUACUGGCUUUGAUGGCGUCGCUCACAUGAUUGAAGAAAUCCCCAACCCCUCGAUUGAGGGACCCAAGAUCAUGAUUGCUUGUGUUGGUAUCGGUACCGUCACUGGAACAAUCUUCCUUGUUGUACUGCUCUUCGUGGCUGGCGAUAUCAACAAGAUCAUUGAUUCUGCGGCAACUCCGCUCCUUGCAAUUUUGAAGAAUGCCACUUCAAGCAAUGCAGGCGCUAUCUGUCUCUUGAUGUACGCUUCACUGCUCUCCCUCCCACUAGCGUUUUGUACUAACAUCGUUUCAAGCUUCCCGCUAGUCUGUGCUCUGUUCGCUGCAACCGCUAUUAUGACAACUAGCAGUCGCAUGGUCUAUGCCUUCGCGCGUGAUGGAGGACUCCCUGCAUCCCCCUUCUUCUCGCGCAUCCACACCAAACUACAGGUUCCUUUGAACUCGUUGUAUCUCAAUCUGGCUCUCGUGGUUAUUUUCGGGUGUAUCUUCUUGGGCUCAACCAGCGCUUUCAAUGCUAUUGUCUCAGCGUCAGUGGUACUGCUCGAUAUCUCAUAUGCAAUGCCAAUUGCCGUGAACUGCUGCCGAGGAAGGAGAAUGCUACCUGAGCGCUCAUUCAAACUGCCAGAAAUCGUUGGCUGGACCCUCAACAUCAUCUCGUUGGCGUACAUUUCCCUGACUACUAUCCUUUUCCUUUUCCCCCCUGAGUUGCCUGCCACUGGCAGCAACAUGAAUUACUGUGUUGCGGCUUUCGGUAUUGUGUUUGUCAUUUCCACCAUCCAGUGGAUUGUAGAUGGACGCAAGAAUUUUGUCGGUCCCCGUAUCCAAGUGGAAGUCUUCAAUGGAGAGGUCGGUACUCAGCCAGAGCAGCCGAUUCCAUUCGUUGAACAGCAUAAGGAGUAG